AUGGCCCUGACCACAGAGUUGAGGACACAGCUACAACUGAGAGAGGUGGCAGGGAUCCCCCUGCAGGCUAGCACUGUGGACAACUGGAGCCAGAUCCAGAACUUUGAGGCCAAGCCAGAUGAUCUCCUCAUCUGUACCUACCCUAAAUCAGGGACCACGUGGAUUCAGGAAAUUGUGGACAUGAUUGAGCAGAAUGGAGAUGUGGAGAAAUGUCAGAGAGCCGUAAUUCAACACCGCCAUCCAUUCAUCGAGUGGGCUCGGCCACCCCAGCCCUCUGGGGUGGAAAAAGCCAAAGCAAUGCCCUCUCCACGGAUACUAAGGACUCACCUUCCAAUUCAGCUCUUGCCUCCAUCUUUCUGGGAAAAUAACUGCAAGUUCCUUUAUGUGGCUCGAAAUGCCAAAGACUGCAUGGUUUCCUACUACCAUUUCCAAAGGAUGAAUCAAAUGCUUCCUGACCCUGGCACCUGGGAAGAGUAUUUUGAAACCUUCAUCAAUGGGAAAGUGGGCUGGGGUUCCUGGUAUGACCAUGUAAAGGGAUGGUGGGAGAUGAAAGACAGAUACCAGAUUCUCUUCCUCUUCUUUGAGGACAUAAAACGGGACCCAAAGCAAGAAAUUCAGAAAGUGAUGCAGUUCAUGGGAAAGAGCUUGCAUGAAACAGUGCUAGAUAAAAUUGUCCAAGAGACGUCAUUUGAGAAAAUGAAAGAAAAUCCCAUGACAAAUCGAUCUACAGUUCCCAAAUCCAUCCUGGACCAGUCCAUUUCCCCCUUCAUGAGAAAAGGAACUGUGGGGGAUUGGAAAAACCACUUCACUGUGGUUCAGAGUGAAAGAUUUGAUGAAAUCUACAGACAAAAGAUGGAAGGAACCUCAAUAAAUUUCUGCAUGGAACUCUGA